CAAUUUACCAAUGUGCCUGAAUGCCACACACCCAGGCUCUUGGUGGGUCGGUAUCAUCGAUAGAGUCGUUCCCAAACAACUGGUCUGCAUUAAACCAACUACACUGUGUGCUACAUGAAGAGGAACCAGAACUCUGGAGCGGCUAAAGUGGGUUGCUUGCUUAAGGGUAGUUGAUGUUUUCGUGGAGAGCGGAAGAGAAAGCGAAGAAGUCCUAAACACGCGGUCAACAUCAUCCGGUGAGGCGGCUGGUGUAGCUGGGCUGACGACAUGAGCCCAACAAGAAAACGCAGCAGCGUUUGGAUGCAUUUUGUUGAUAAAGGUUUCGAGAGAGCGGAGUGCAAUAUUUGCAAAUCAAACAUAUCAAUCAAAGCGGGGUCAACCUUUAAUCUUCGCCGCCACCUGAGGGCUCGGCACCCAAACGUGCAGGAGGCCGAGCAGAGACAGUGUUCCCCCGAUGCGGACCAGGAGAAGGACGAAGCUAAUGUCGCCGCCGCCAACACGUCGUUCGCCUUCGUUAAUGUGACACUGGAGGACGGAGACUCUGGCGGCAUUGCCACAGUGACUGAAAAAAAGUAUUCUGUCAAGCCAGUAGAACAAACAGCACGCAAAGAGGCGAGUGAUAACCCCCCUGUGAAACGAACACAGCACAGACGGAGUUUGAUUUGGAGGCACUUUCAGCGUUUGGACAGUUUGAAUGCUGCUCAAUGCGGUAUUUGCAUGAAGAAGGUGCAAUGUUUUAAAUAUGGCAGCACCAGCAACCUGCGUCGACACAUGUCAAAGAGACACCCGAAGGUCUUCUCUGAUUUAGAGGCAAACGAGGCGCACGAAACACCUUUGAACUCAACACAGGACUCAAGUACUAAUAAUGGCACUCAGGGGACCUUUCAUGCAACAGAGCAGAAAAGUUUUCAAGCAUGUGACGACGAAAGGCGUGUGUUCAGGAGGGAGAGGGAGCUGAUAGAUGCUCUGAGGAGGACACAGAAGGAGGAGGCCCUGACACUGCAGCAUCAGAGGGAGCUGCUCGAGAAACUCCGUGCAGCCAAUGCCAGAGAAGCAGCUGCAGAGAGGGAGGAAAUCGAGUCAUUGAGGAAAGCACAGCAGGAGGAAGCAAAGGACUUAGAGAGACAGAGAGAAGAGUUGCAGAAGGAGAAAGAAGAGCUGCAGAAGGAGAAAGAAGAGCUACAAAAUAAAUGGAAGGAGCUUGAGCAAGAAAAAGAAGAACUUUUAUUGUUUUCAAGAGCACAGUGAGCCUCCGAGUUCUGUUCAUCAAUACAGUGUAGCAGCAGGACUCCUUCAGUUCUUGUUUUUUUAUGGGUACCGUCAUCACUGAUUUUUAACCUUUCUCCAAAUGCUUCAGGUCAAAUACAGGACGGUGUAAAAGCCUGUAGUUAAACAGUGGAUUUUGUUUCUGAUGAUUGAUUCAGAUGAUGCCCUGAAAUCUCUUGUCUCAUGCCACGCCCCCUCAGUGCAUUUGCUCAUUGGCACAAUAAGCACCUGUCAAAUGUGUAUAGUAAACAGCCUCUGUUUGUCUGGUCAUUUAGAUUAAUGAACUGUGUGUCAAAUACAGUAGAAACUGAUAUAUAGUAGAAGCCGCCAUAUUGCUAUCACUGUUAAGACAAGAAAAUAUAUAGAUAGGGCUUGAAUAAUCAGAAUUCAUUUUUCAUACAAAGACCUUUUAGAAUGUCAUGCUUUUAUUUUUUGACCUUGUUGUUGAAGCCAAAUGUUUGAUGACAACGUACCCUUAAAGUGUAAAGUGUCGACCAAUAUAUAUUUAGGAAAGUUCUCUCAUUUUUAUGAAUAUGUUCCAUAUUCCCACUGUUGGCAAAAUUUCUAAGAAUUAAUGUUUGAAAAUC